UGUUCCCACGGGAGCCUGGAGGAUCCAAAAAGCUUAACCCAUCACAAGCUGGUCCAUGCCUCCUCUGAGCGGGUUCUCUCCGACACCAAGACGCUAGCGGAGGAGAAUCUCCAAGACAACGAUGUCCUCCUGUUGGUUAAAAAGAGGGCACCGCCGCCAACACCAAAGAUGGCCGAAGUCUCUGCUGACGAGAAGCGGAAGCAGGAUCAGAAAGCGCCAGACAAAGACGCCAUUCUCAAGGCAACGGCCGGCCUUCCAGCCCGCAGCACGGACCGCACGGUGGCGCAACAUAACAUGAGAGACUUCCAGACUGAGCUCAGGAAGAUACUGGUGUCCCUCAUUGAAGUUGCCCAGAAGCUGCUGGCGCUGAACCCUGAUGCGAUUGAGCUGUUCAAGAAAGCCAAUGCCAUGCUGGAUGAGGAUGACGAGGAUCGGGUAGAUGAAGUCGCACUGCGGCAGCUGACGGAGAUGGGAUUCCCGGAGAGCCGAGCCGUGAAAGCCCUCCGCUUAAAUCACAUGUCGGUGACGCAGGCCAUGGAGUGGUUGAUCGAACACGCCGACGACCCCGCCGCCGACGCGCCUCUCCCAUGUGAGAAUUCCUCUGAGGCCGCCGGGGGUUUGGCCACGGGGGAAGCGGAGACGAAGCCAACUCUGGGGGCCGGCGCCGAGGACCCUAAGGAUGAACUCACAGAAAUAUUCAAGAAAAUUCGCAGGAAAAGAGAAUUCCGCCCAGACCCUCGAGCCGUCAUUGCAUUAAUGGAGAUGGGCUUCGAUGAAAAAGAAGUCAUUGAUGCGCUGCGAGUGAACAACAACCAACAAGACGCCGCUUGUGAGUGGCUAUUGGGUGACAGGAAGCCAUCGCCGGAGGACUUGGACAAGGGGAUCGAUACGACUAGCCCGUUAUUCCAAGCCAUUCUGGACAACCCUGUAGUACAGCUAGGCCUCACUAACCCCAAAACUCUGUUAGCUUUUGAAGAUAUGCUCGAAAACCCGUUAAACAGCACCCAGUGGAUGAACGACCCGGAGACGGGCCCCGUGAUGCUUCAGAUCUCUAGAAUUUUCCAAACCUUAAACCGCACGUAGGACACGUCUCGUUUUUUUUUUUUCGUUUACGCCAACACCAACGAGCUUAUUGCCUCUUGGACUUUUGGGGGAACUCGAAUAUGACGGGCAGGUCGGAUACCAAAAUCCCGCCCCCGUUUAAGGAGGGGCCCUAACCCAAAGUCACCUUACAAGAAUAUCAAGGGAUAUAGAUUGGCCUAAAACCGCAUUGCUGUUUAAAGGGAAAGUAAAACCUGUUUUCGGAUACUAUUUAUGUGAAUGAAUUGCUUUUUUUUUUUUUCUUUUUUUGUGUGAAUUUCCUUUAGGUUGGACGGCACUGAAAUGUAUUUAGGGUUAAUAGCAGUGUGAUUUUUCUUUUUUGCUUUACUAAAACCGCGCUGGACAAGACCACCAAAAUCGACUUAAGGUGGUACAGCAACCCCCCAGCAUGUUGUGAGCAAGCUGCCGGCUUAUGGGUUUGUUAGGAAUAGGCCCCGUGGCAACGUAAAACCAGAAUCAGUUAUUUAUUCUACCGAUUUUAUAUGGUUUUAACCCCCAGCGAUGAAUAAUAAGAUUUUAGUUGGCCGCGCUCCCGCCGGGAACGGCAGAUUCUUAAUAUUUUUAGUUUUUAUUUGGAUUAUUUUGCCGGGACACAUUCAGGAAAGGUUCUAUUGGGGAAGGCGGCGUAUGAAUCCGUUCUCCUUCCUUACCAAUGCACAAGUACCGAGUUCUUCCUCAGAAAGAAACUUUUUACAUUCUGCAACUGCGCCGACCUUGGUAUGGCUACUCCCAAGUGUUCUCCCUAUGCGUGUUACAUGGAAAUAAAACCUCUUUAUGCAAA